AUGAGCGUCAAAAACGUUCACGAUGCGUCUACUGCUAUUCACCCAGAGACUCAUGACGAGCUGCGGACGGUGAAGCGGGCCAACAAAGACGACAUCGUCCCGGACGACGCAACAACGCUGUCGGACAGCGAGCUGGCUCGAGAGGCAGCGCUCACGGCCCUGACUGUCGAAGAAGAGAAGAAGCUCAUCCGCAAGGUUGACUGGCGCUUGAUUCCCCUCCUUGCCAUGCUAUACCUUGUGAAGAAGCUGGACGAGAGUAAUGUUUCCCAAGCUCGCAUCAUGAACAAGGGCACGGAGAGGAAUAUCCUGACCCAGCUCGACGUCACGUCUGACCAGUACGGCAUGGUCACGGUUCUGUAUACUGUGCCUUAUAUCCUGGCUGAAAUCCCGUCCAACCUGUUGCUGAAACGAUUCAAGCCGUCCCGAUGGCAGUCCAGAAUCAUGCUCUCCUGGGGCAUUGUCACCGCUUGCACGGCCGCAGUCCAUAACUUGGGGGGUCUCUACGCUUGCCGGUUCCUCCUUGGCUUGACCGAGGCUGGGAUGUUUCCCGGCAUCAUUCUCCAGCUGUCGUACUGGUACCGUCCGGAUGAAAUCGCCGUCCGACUGAUGUGGAUCUUCCCUGGCAACACAAAGUGGUUGUCUCCCGUCGAAAGCGCAUUCCUCCAGGCCCGUCUGCCGCCAAACUCCCCCCGGUCGUCCGAGAAGAACUUUGCCGGCAGCGAGAUCAUUGCAUCCCUCAAGGACAAGCGGCUCUGGCUCUUUACGCUCAGCUGGGCCAUGAUGACGUGCGGAAAGAACGGUAUCGACUUCUACCGCCCGAGUAUCAUUGCCAAUAUGGGGUUCAGCGACAUUGCCACCGCCCAGGUCUUGAACAUCCCUACAUCCGCCGUAGCCAUCUUCCUGAUUCUCUCGCUGGGGACCUGGUCCAACAAGGCCAAGAUCCCUCUCCCGCUGUUCCCCAUCGGAUGCACCGUCGUCAUUGUCGCCAUGUACUCAAUCCUCGUGGUGUACCCCAACGACAUUGGCGUGUAUAUCGGAAUGAUGAUUGGCGUCGCCUGCGGCACCGCCUGGUUCCCUCUCAUGUGGCCGUGGCGUGCUCAGACAGUCAACGGCGCGACGGGAUCCGCCUUUGCGAUUGGUUUCGUCAACAGCUACGGACAAGUCGGCGACGCGCUGGGGCCGCAGAUGUUCCAGGAGAAGUACGCGCCGUCGUACCAGCUGCCGUUCGGCCUUUCCAUGGGCCUCGUCGGCCUCUGCGGCAUCGUCAACGGCGUGACCUGGUGGGUGACGCGUCGGACGGAGAACGACACGCGCAGACACAAGCGGGCCAGGAUCCUGGCCAAGAAGAACAACGAAGCCGUGCUGGACGACGUCGUCGACCUGGACCUGGGGCGCAAGCUGCGUGUCUGA